AUGAAAACUAAUGGGGGUGGAUGGGUUGUCAUCCACAAGCGCUUUGACGCGUCGGUCAGUUUUAACCGCGUCUGGAAAGAAUACAAGAAAGGUUUUGGAGUAAUGAAAACUGGUGAAUUCUGGCUUGGAAAUGACUUUAUUCAUCGCUUAACCGCAGCCAAACCAACACAGGUAUACAUUGAAUUGGAAGACACCAACGGACUUCGCAGCUAUGCCAAGUAUUCGUCGUUCAACGUAAAGAGUGAGAGCAAUUUGUAUCGCUUAGACGUCUCGGGGUACUCAGGCACAGCUGGUGAUGCAAUUCAUCAUCCAACACAUGCACCACAUAGGUCGAACGGUAUGGCUUUUAGUACUCCAGAUCGGGAUAAUGACAAGUACAGCGCGGGAAAUUGUGCUGUUGGUUGUGGAUGGUGGUUCAAUUGGUGCGCCUCAGCGGUAUUAACCAGUAGCAAUAUGCAUUGGAAUACCCUUUCAAACCAAAACAUCAAAAGGGCGUCCAUGAAAAUUAAACCUACAUAUUAG